UCGGUCUUAUAUACUCCCUGAUGAUAGUUCAUUCGUAUUACAAAUUUCUCAAAAGUGUGGAUGACGCUGAUGACUCAAUUUGAUCGAAUCGGGCAAUGUGGUUGGGAAGUUCAGGAUCGUUUAUCACCAUGGCCUGUCGCUGCAGAUACCUUAAACAGAUUAUGACCACAUGCUGCUGGUGCUAUUCACUGCGCUUUGGUGUCCUGCUCUUUGGCUGCAUCUUCCUGACCUGGUUCUUGUACAUCACCAUAGGCACUGGCUUUAUGAUGGAGUGCAUCUUUCCGGAUGAGUAUCAGAGGUCUUUGAUCCCAGCCCCAGCGGCUCUGAAGGCCACCAUGGUUUUUAGUUUCUUUGGUAUCAUAGCAUCAGCCAUGCUGUGCAUUGGAGUGCACCUUAACAACGAGAUGCUCUUUCUGCCCUUUCUGGGUUUCGUGCCCAUUUGGAUCUUAGUUCAUAUCUUAGCCCUGACUGUUUAUACCUUUAAUACAGUGAUUAUUAUCCUGACAGCCAUCACAAUGUUUGUCCUGGUCUACGCUUGGUUUGUGGUCUGGUCCUACUACAUAGAACUGCUCUUUGCCUACGAGGAGGAGCUGGAAGAGGGCUAUGUGUAAGAUCUGUGAUUCUGAAUGUGCUAUGAAUGACUCUUUGGCUGUACAACGUAGUAUUUACAAUGUCAAGAGAGAUAUGAUAAGGCAAAUUAAAAUCAAAAUUCUAAAUGUCAGAAUGUUUUCAAGAAAAAGACAUUUCUUUCCAAUUAAAAACUGACUAAUGGUUC